AGCCCUAAUAUCAAUGGAAGAAGAAGAAGGUGAAUUAAAUGUUGCCAACAUUGCGUUAUUUGAAACCUGAAAACCAAAAAAUUGAUUUCUCCACCUUGUGGGUAGAGAAAAUAAACAACACAAUUCGAAGGUUUUUUUGAAACCACUUUGAAUUGGAACAAUGACCUCAGUACAAGCGACUGACGAAAGGGCAGUCUAUGCGAAAUUAGAAGCCUUGAAAGAUAUACGAGCUAAAACCAUCCAAUUGGAAAAGAUCAAAUCUCGUAUUGUGUUAGAGAUAGAGGCUCAGGAUCAGGAAGAAAAAUGUAUUGCAGAAUACAAACAGGAGAUGGAUAUGCUUUUACAAGAGAAGAUGUCGCAUGUGGAAGAAUUGAGACAGAUACAUGCAGAUAUGAAUGCUAUGGAGGGAGUCUUGAAGCAGGCUGAAGAAAGUAGAACUCGAUCAAUGAGUUCAGCCAUGAGGUUGCAUGAAGAGUAUGCACCGUUAAAAGCAGAAAUAGAUCGACUGAGGAGGGAAUGUUUAGGCUUGGACCGUCUUCCUGAUUUACACGAGGAAGACGGCUCCCCAAUUUCAGCAGAAAAGUUCAUUCAGUUAUACAACACGACCAGUAAAUCUCAGAGUCAAUCUUUCAGUAAAAAUACUGAUUGGAAUAGACCCUUGGCUCCAACAGAGCACAAUAUAAAUCCACUAGGACCUCCUCUACCGCCAACAUUCUUACCUCCACCAAAUCCAUUGCGCCUAGUUUCAACAAAAUCUGAUCAAGGAAGAUCGGCCACGAUGACACAAUCGCAGCAUCCAGGGCCGCCACCACCCACAUUCAGGUCCGAUCUUGGUUUGAGGCAACAACCACCACCAAUGAAAUCAUGCCUAAGCUGCCAUCAGCAAAUUCAUAGAAACGCUCCGAUAUGCCCCUUGUGCAAGGCUAAAUCAAGAUCGAGGAAUCCGAAAAAACCGAAAAAGAAAUAAGGCUUCGGUCUCGACAAGCCUCAAAUUGCGCUAUAUUUUAUAUGUCCAUUGUGUGGUACAAAUUUUGAACUGUAAAAAUGUGUGGGUAAUCAAAUUUUUUUGGGUCCUGCAUAUAGUAUUUUUUAACGUCAGGACUUUUAUGUUGAUUUUUUAGAAAAUAAAGUGUAAUCCCAAAAAGAGUUUGAUUCAAAACAAAAUUAAUAUUUCUGUCAAUUUGACAAAAGUGAGGUUAGAACCGAUCAUGGCCAGGGGUGGGUAGUUGCGAUUCGAUUUAUAGAGCAGAGUAGUGUUUUUGGCCUCAGUAAAAAGUGGAUCUCUGACCUACUGCUUUUAGCUAUGAUCAUAGAAUAUUAUAUGGAGGGAUGGACAUAGAUAAAAAUGCAACCAUGAAACGUUUAUUUCAGAACCUUCCUUCUACUUUUCUACUGGAUUAGGACAUUCUAAAAACAAAUCUCAACGAAAAUCAAUUUAUUCAUUAGGCAGGAAGAUAUAAAAUAAAUGUUCGAAGCUGGUCGUCCGUAAUAUUCAUAAAUAAAUUACCUAAAACACGACUCGAUCAGGAGCAGCACGAUGUGUACAAAACAGAUUUCACUGAAUUAAAAAAAAAAUCGUCUCCAUCUAAACUAUACGUUCGCUCAUUGAAUGAAAGACCCGAAACCAAA